AUGGAAAAACAGAAGGCGACUCGAUGGCUGAUAAUUCUUCGUUAUAACAUUGGUCGUGAACUGACAAGGGUACGCCUGCCCGUCAUUCUCAAUGAACCGCUGAGCGCCCUUCAGAUUUAUAUCGCCGCCUAUGCCGUUUCCGGGUAUGCGAGAACCAAAAUGCGUGCUGCAACAAAACCAUUUAAUCCUCUCCUCGGGGAAACCUUUGAGUGUUUACGACCAGAAAAGCACUGGCGCUUCAUGGCAGAACAGGUUUGUCAUCAUCCUCCGGUGGCCGCAUCCCACUGUUCUUCGAGCGAUUGGACUCUCAAUCAGGAGAUAAUGAUGAAGAACAAGUUCUGGGGAAGAUCUCUCGAAAUUGUUCCCAUGGGUGGUUGCGAAGUCCACUUAAACCGGUGA